AUGCAGCUGCGCUACUGCCUCGUGGCGCUGCUGAUCGGCGCGUACUACGCGUCCGCGGCGUCGCUGGUGCUCCACGUGGUAUGGUACAUGGCCACGAGGCUGCUGCAAGUGGUGAUGCUGUUUGUAGGCGGAGGCGCGUUUUGGUGGGUGCUGCGCUCGUACCAAAUGCAAAAAGAACAGGAGCUUUUGGACCACGCGCUGCUCAAGUUCCAGUUCUACCGCAAGUACCGCAACAACCGCAGCAGUAGUAGCAGCAAUAGACUGGAUACAGAAUCUCAGCAGACGCUCGUGCGCAAGCGUCGGUCGGUGGUCGCGCAUUUGCGCACGUCGUGGCACUUGCCCUCGGAGCUCUGUGACGCUAUUGCGGCGCUUGUGCAGUUGCUUGUGCAGGACUACGUUGACGGCUGGUUCCGAGAGGUAUCGCUGGAUUCGGACUUUUCGACGGACGUCAAGCUGCUGCUGGCGGAUUUAUUGGGCGCACUCGCUUCUCGAGUGCUUCAGAUUGAUCCGUCCCAGGCGCUGACGAUCUUCGCAAAGAGUCUCGAGCUUCUGAGGCUACAUCUUGGCUGGUUCCGGGAAGUCUACGCACAGCUGGCGGACGAGUACCCAGCCGUGUUCGAAGGCGACGAGAACGACGCGAAUCUACGCAAGCGUCAAAUGUACGUCGCAGCUUUUGUGCAAAAUUCGUCGUUUGUUCAUCCAGGCUGUGUGAGCACGGAGGUUUCUGCGUCAGAGUCUAGGCCUGGACAAGAGUGUGGUGGCAAGAAGAAGACUGGAAACGAUGCCUCGGACGCUUACCUGCGGCACGUAGCGAUGCAAGUGUUGACUCACUUGAAACCUCAGUUGGAACAAGAGCAAGACACGAACGUGUUUGUAUCUAUGGCCGUGAAUUUGCUGCGAGAAGUGGCUGUUUUCAAAAUCCUCAAGCCGUUGUCGGAGUACUCGCGACCGCGGUACACCAAUGAGAUCGUGGUAUCCUGCUUCCGAGCGGUCGUGGACAACAAAGUGGUGGCGGUGCCAAUGUCGCCGGGCAUAACUUCAUUGGGAAACGGUGUGGGCAAGGUGCCAGCCAUGACGCUGAACAAACUUCGGUCGACAUCUAGCAUCCUGUACAAAGCCAGCAGGCGCAGCGGGGAGCAUGCAGAAGCAGCUUUUCAGGCAGUCGUAGAGGCCGUGGCAAGUGCAGCGUCCUCAGCUGCUGCAGGUGCCGCUGAAAUGGUACAUGAAGGAGACGACUGGAACGACUUGGCGAGCAAUCCAUUUGCGUUCGGUAGUGCUGUGUUUAGUGCCAGCUCAAGCAGUGUGAUUGGUGGCAGAAAAGCAGUGCCGUCAAUUUUUGGUUUGGAUGACCGCCUUAGUGUUGCCAAGACUGCAAGAAUGAUGAAUCCCCGUGGACUACUUCCAGGUGGGCUCCUGUCGCACAAGAUGACGAUUAGCGAGAACAGUCGUACGAGUACGCACAUGGAUGGUCUUAUGAUGAAUGCAAAGUCCAACAUCGGUUCGAGCUUGAAUUCGUCGAUCGGCAAAGUCAAGAAGCGCUUUCGCACCCUCGGCAACCAUCAGAUGGAUCCUCUGUCCACCCCUCCUCUCAGCGCAAGCGCGGGUGCGGCAGCUCGAAUGAUUCGCAAACCAGGGCAGCUAUUUCAAAAGGCUUGGAAACGGAGUGAUUCGGCUACGAGCUUGCGGAGCUGUUCAUUUGAUGGCGGUGUAUCGACACCCACGAGCCAAAACCGAAUUCGCAGUCGUACCCGUACUCUGGACUCGCUCAACCCUCUCGUGAGUCCGAUUUGCAAUGGCGAUGAGGAAGAGACAGCUUCACGAAUAUUGAGCAGAAGUACAGGCAUAGCGGCAGUGCGGGAACGUAUUGUCACUUAUUUGGAGAAGGCAGUGGCAGAUUACACAAAAAUGCAUGAUGAGUGUCCCGGAAUGCGUAGUUCAACGCGCUCGCGUGAGCUGUACGAUCUUCUCUCUGCGAUGGAAAACGUGCUAAUGCUGGGCUUUCGUGGUCAUGAUUCAGAAGACGAAGAUGGCAACAGACAGCCAUCCACGCCCCCUUUAUCUCCAGUCGUCCGUCGAUGCGCUUCUGAAGCAAUGACAAGCGAUGAGCUGGCAUCUCCUCUUCGCGAAAGCGUGGAUGCGGAUGGGUACUGCUUUUCGGAUGGAGAAGCGCAUGACGAUCAGUACUACUGGGAAUUCCUUGCGCGGGACAGGCCAGCCGCGGCAAUGCUCAACGCGCAUUGGCGAUUUGUGAUGUCCGAUUGUCCCAUUUGCAUUCCGAGUGAGUCAUUUAUAUCCACGCGUGGAGUUCAGUGGCUACUGGCUGCAAUUGCAAAAGGGUCCCUGGGUACUUUGUGUGCGCAGCUGUAUGCACAUAGCGACGUGACGGAGCUGUUCUACGAAGACUUUGCACUACUGCUUGAUAAGAGUUUCGCGGACUCCGUGCUGCAGACGCUACAUCAGCUUGACAGACUCGACGUUUCGCUGGAUGUGUAUGCUUUUUUGAACAACCAAAGUAGCACGGAUCACGAGCCUGGUGUUUCGCCAUCCCAUCAGUGGCAAUCUGGAGCCGAAAUGUCUUCAAGUGCUCCUGAUUGUGUGCUGGAACGGGCAUGGGAGACCGAACGCCACGUUCCUGCAAACGGAUGGGUAAAAACGACCGAUAAGCGGUGGCAGGAACUCUCGUCAUCCGAAUGGAUUUGGGAAGAGGAUUGGAGGCUUGAAAAUUCCGGACACGAUUCAGAGGAAAGUCCAGAUAGCGAGGCAACGGGUCCUUCCUGGGAGUAUGCAAGAAGUUUCGAGGAUGAGUUUCACGAGGACGAGAACGAGUUUGACCGCGUACGGCGCCGGCGGUGGGUACGCCGACGACGUCAUCUGUCAGCAGGUAUACCUCCGUCGUCACUGCCGACAUCCCCGAAGGAUACCGGUGUGUCCUCUCCCUUAGCAUCUUUUGCUGUUACGAAUCGAGUUGAUAAAACAAGAAAGCAGGAGCAGCGCUCUAGUGCAUCAAGCCGUGAGCAGAAGAAGAACGGAGGGGUAAAGUCGGUGAUGGAAAGCCGAUUGAAGAGUUUUGGUCGAGUGGUAAUUGACACUUCGACGAGACAUUCGACAUUGGGAAUGGCCGAUCUGGACGAUUUACAGCGAGCAUCGACAAAGACUUUGGCCUUCAUGAAAGCCCGCGCGUCCAUCCCUUCGUUGCGGCGUGGGAUCUCCAGCAUCAACAUGAAGUCUCCAACCAGUGAUGCUCAAUCGCUCACUGCGAAACAGUCCAUUGACGAGAACCUUGCAGUUUUGCAUGGCGAAGACAGACGCGAGGGUGAAACGUUCUGCAGUCGCUGCCUUACAGCUCUCUCAUUCUGUAAAGCAAGCGAAUGUACUUGCGGCAGCUGCCACGAACGUGUCUGCGCUUCAUGUCUGAAUUUUUACGCGUUUGUCGUCUACCCUCCACCUCUCGAAAGCUCGAAGAAAGCGCGAGUGUGUGGAAUUUGCUACGACCGGCUGGUGAGCAAAUACAAGCUGCAAGUCGAAACCCAUGUAAGCAAGUACCGGGCCAAGGAGUGCGAACGCGAGACACGCGAUACGUCUGGCUUGGAUGCUUUUGGCUGCUCUACCGAGAACGGUAGCAAUGGUGCGUUCUACCAUUCGCUUUCUUCGGUCAAUGGUGGUAGCUUUUCAGAAGGCACCGGCAGCUCCGCAGCAACGGGAGAGGCAUCCUGCUUUGUGAGCCCGACUGCUGGUCAAGACGAUCAAAAUUUCGAUAUCACUGUUCAGGUGAACGGUAACAGUGCGUACGCCUGGAAUGUCGUCAGGACCUUCCACGACUUCGAGGUGCUGGAGAAACAGCUGCAUGACGAGCUUGAGAAGCAAGAGGUGAAGCAUGGGAUGGAAUGUCGGGCGUGUCAUUUGAACGGUGUCGAUUACACGGAGAUGACCGGUAUCAGGCCGUCUCCUAGAACGAUUGCGGUGGUAGCGUUGACCUACGAGAAGCGGUUGUAUAUCGCCGAGCACUUCCUGCAGCAACUGUUGGCGUGCGAUACACUGUGUCAAAGCCCGGUCGUGCAACAAUUUCUUCUGCUUUCCAAUGCAUUUGGCACACCUCAUGCGACGGGCAAUUCAUCAUUGUCCGUACAGGAGACUGAUGAUACGUUGGACGGCAUCAGUAUGUUGGCUAAUGGAAACCCAACUUCUCCGUCAGCAGCGUCUUCUACUGGGUACAGCGCGUUGGAUAACAUGGCUGGAAGCCGAGGAGAAGCGGACGGUGUUGAGGGUACGCUCGACGACAAUGGCACGUGGCGCAGAGAGCGAAAGGUGUCAGCGGAUGCAAACUCGAAAGCGACUAAGAUGCGUGUUUUGCAACAGAUCGAAGUGAGCCUCUUUGCUGUCCUAGGCGAAGUGUUUGAGUUCGAUGGCAUCGGCGUGGUGCGUCGUCAGAUCUUCUCGAUGACGCGGUCGUUCAUCAAGGCGUUCCUCGGUGCCUCACACUUUCGGAUGCUCGAGCGGCAGUUGCUGUCGUUCACGGAUCCACAGAAACUUUCAGGCUGGAUAAGUGACCUGCGGCUGUAUUUGUUUCCUGAUCCGUGCAGCACCGACGUCGCUCGUGCCCACCCAGCUCCCAACAUGCAAGUGCUGCGCAAAGAAUGUCUCGAAGCGAUCCUUUCUAGCUUCCCGUCGAAAGCGCUAUCACUCUUUGGCGACACGGCAUGCGAGAACGCAGCACUCAAGCUGCACGAGUUUCUGCAACACGAGGUGUUUGUCAAGAAUCUGCUCUUUAGUAUCACCGACGAGCUGCUGUUGCACCUAUUUCCAUACUCGACCACGUUCCAGGGCAAGACAGCUUCAGACGAGACACGAGCACCACCAGCGCCCGCGUAUUCCAGUGCAACAGAAGUCGCUACGACCGUCUCGAAAGAAGCCAUUGCGGCUGCACUCAUGAAUGGCACAGUAGGCUCAAGCACACCACUGUCGACAAGAAACACACGGUCAGCCGGCCGUCGCAGCUCAAGGUCCGUGACGCAAAGCACGUGA